AUGGAUAUCUUCAAUAGGCCAUCCUUAAGGACCCUGUGCCUUGCUCUCACGACGCCGGUCCUUGGCUGUGUGGCAGUAAAACUUGUCUCUCAGUUGCUGAUAGCAACAACGACUCCUGCUGUACCGAGAGGUCCUCGUAUAUAUCGCGCGCCUAGUCGAAGACUGCUCACACCUGACGAGGAAUGGACGAUACCAUCACCAGACGCAUUUCCAGGCGGCAGGGACAUUGACACUCCUUACGGGAAUAUCAGAGCAUACGAAUGGGGACCAGAAAACGGUCGAAAAGUGAUGUUCGUGCAUGGGAUCAGCACACCUUGCAUUGCAUUGGCCAAAGUCGCCAAGCUUCUCGUCAGGAAACGAUGUCGAGUUCUACUCUGGGAUUUACCAGGCCGUGGAUACAGUGAUUGUCCUGACCCAGAAGUAUAUCGUCAAGACAUCAAACUCUUCUCAGCCCAGAUGCUGGCGGUGCUAGGAUCCUCCAAGCUCGACUGGAUGAGUGGCUUCACGCUCGUUGGCUAUUCUCUCGGAGGUGGCAUUUCAGCUUCUUUCGCUUCCUACUACCCAGAGCUAGUGGAGAGUCUGGUUCUGAUCGCACCUGGUGGUCUCCUACGACCAACAAGAUUGAGUCUGAGCAGUCAAAUCCUGUACAGCGGUGUCCUACCUAAUUGGUUCGUCUACUACUGUGUCGACAAACGGCUUCGAAUUGGAGGUUCGGGCUCUAAUAAGCCGAUGGCGAAGCUCAGACGAGCAUCGCUAACGGCUGCCGUUGCAGAAGAGACUCCGGAUGAUGUUGACCCGCAUGCUCCAGGCCAAGACAGUCUGUCGCCCAUAUUCGACGACAGACCUUGUAUCACACCCAGCACAGCAGUGCAGUGGCAGCUGGAUGUGCAUCCAGGUUUUGUUCCGGCAUUCAUCUCAUCAAUCAAGUACGCUCCCAUCCACGACGGCUGGGAGCGUUGGAGGCUCAUUGGGAAGCGUUGUGAAGCGAAGAGGAAAUCUCUCAAUCCUGAGCCGAAGAAAGGGAUGAAAAAAGUGCUUGUCAUUCUUGGUACCAAGGAUGUCAUCAUCAUGCCGGAAGAGACUGCCGAGGAUGCUACUGCGGCUCUUGGGAAGGAGAAUGUUCAAAUUGUGAGGUUGAAUGGUGGUCAUGACAUGCCACUGACUAAUGAUUACGGCUGUGUUGAUGCCAUGACCAGAUUUUGGGAUGAGGAGUCGUGA